AUGGAAGCGUUUGAAGAGGCCAUAGCGGCUUCAAAGGAGCAAUCAUUAAUCUUUAAAGGGAAGCGUACAAAGCGACAACGUCCACAGUCUCCUAUUCCUUUCUCUAUCUCCCCUCCUAUAGUUUCUUCCCAUGCACGCAACAUUGAAGAAGAACCUAAAAAGGAUGGUGUGAUCACGUCUUCAUCUUCAUCAGCCUCUUGGUUCUCUAACAACAACGCAACAUUAAAGGCUGAAGAAGAAGAGGAAGAGCAAGACAUAGCAAACUGUUUGAUCCUCUUGUCCCAAGGGCACUCUCUUCCCAUACCUAACCACGAAGCAAACAACAACAACACGUAUAGAUUUAGCAGCAGAAGGUUUCUAGAGACUUCUUCAUCUAACGGUGGUGGCAAAGCCGGUUACUACGUUUAUCAAUGCAAAACAUGUGACCGAACCUUCCCUUCUUUUCAAGCAUUAGGUGGCCAUAGAGCUAGCCACAAGAAACCUAAAGCCACGUUAUCCUUAUACUCCAACAUCGACGUUAAAAAGAACAUCUACGAAAGCGACGCCGUUUCACUCGUCACAACCUCAACUAUUUACAAGAACAAUAACAAUAGAUCCCUUGCCGUGUAUGGUAAGGCAGGUAGCAAUAAGGUUCAUGAAUGUGGAGUCUGUGGGGCCGAGUUUACGUCGGGUCAAGCCUUAGGUGGACACAUGAGACGGCAUAGAGGCGCGGUGGUUGUUGCUGCGGAGCCGGUUCGCGUUGUAACGGUGGCCACGGCUGCUGCCAACACGGAGUUAUCAUUGUCUUCUAUGUCGUUCGAUCAAAUAUCUGACGGUCAAGAUCAUCUGAUGAUGCCGGUUACAAAGAGAGCUAAGAAGACGGUUGUGUCAUUGGAUUUGGAUCUGAAUCUACUACCCGCACCGGAAGAUGAGAAUCGGGUCAACGGGUUUACCUUUGCUUUGAAGCAAAAACAGGAACAAGAACAACAACCAACGCAGCAAAGAGAAGAACCAAAGUGUCUUCUCAUGUCUGCUCCUACUUUGGUGGAUUGCCAUUACUGA